UCUGUUUUCUUUUUUUUUUUCUUCCCCCCUUUUUCCAUUUCUACUUUCACUUUUUCCUUGACAGAUCCUCGACGUGAGGAGCCAGAAUCAAAUUCCAGGUUGUGUUUUUUAAGGGAUGGUGAAAAAUCGCUUGAGAAGAGGAUUAACAGAGUCCAACGGGAUUGAUUUAGAAACAGAUGAAAUUGCCGAACAGCAGAAGAUGAGUAGAGCGGAAAUGGAACAAAAGAUGACGAGAAUCUUGAAGCUAGUGAAGAACAAAGACCAAGGGAAAAGAGGAGGGAUGCCAAGGGACUCGAAGAAGGAGACGGAAGUUGUUGGUCUCGUUGAAGAUCUAUACAAAAAUUACCAGUCAAUUUAUGAACAAUAUGGUCAUCUUCGAGAUGAUAAAGAGAGAAUCGCUAAAUCCAGAAAGGAAAAGGACAAGGAAGAUGUCUCUUCUUCAUCUUCAAGCUCCAUCUCCGACUCCGAUUUGGAAUACUAUUCAUCGGAGGAAAUUAACAGCAGUAGCCAUCAUUUACAGAAUGAUCAGUCCAGCAACUUGCAUGUUCAGAUUCAAACUAAUGAACUGGAAAAACAAAUUGUACUGAAGAAUGAAGCAUUGGCUAAGGUUGAUACUCUGCACCGGGAACUAGACUGCUUACGCAACCAGAAACGUGAAUUAGAAAAUAGAAAAAACCAUGAGAUAUCUGAGAAUAUGAUUGUAAUAAGAAAUUUGACAGAAGAAUUGGCGGAAAAGAUUGAAGUUGAACAGAGGAUUCUGGAAGAGAAAGAGAGAGUUCUUGUUCGGAUUAGGGACCUGGAAAUGGAAGUAGACACUCUGCAUUUCCGAAGAAGGGAAAUAGAAGAACAGAACAUUCGGAUGAGGUCCGAAAAUCAGUGGCUGAACACCAAAAAUUCCGAACUGGAAAUGGCAUUGACGAGUAAGGAGACGGAAGCUUCGUCUCAGAUGAUCGCCUUGAUGGAGCAAGUAAAGAAUCUGAAUCAGAAAAUGGAUUCAUUGCAGGCUGAUAAAAGCCAGUUAGGGCACGAAAUGGAGCGAAACAAACAAGAAUUCUCCCACCGCUUCUCCGAAUUAGAGGCAGAAAAGAACCAAUUGAAAAGCAAAAUCGUAGAUCAGGAAAGAACUCUGAAAGAAAAGGACGAAAUCAUCACUUCAUUCAACGAGAAAUACAAGCAAGGGAGAAGCUGCUUACCGGACGCCGCUCCAAGCCUGAUAGGCGCAGAGAGGAAGAUGGAAGAAUUAGCAGAAGAGCUCCGCAGCGGCCUGGAAGACAAAAUCCGUCUGUUGUCGCAGAGGAUACUGGUGGCAGAGCAACUACACAACGAAAGCAGAGAAAAUUACAGAGCCAGAAACAAGAGGUACGAGCAAGAGAAGAGACAACUAGAACAGAAAAUUGGAAAUCACGAAGCGGAACUGAUGAAAAUCAGCAACAUGAACGAAUUCGGAAUGGACAGAAUGGCAAGAAAAUUCGAAGAAGAGAGUGCGAAGCUUCUAAAUCACAUAUUAUGGAUCACAAAGGAGAUGACGUUCGCGAAAUACUGGGUUAGAACGAGAAACAAUGAGUUAAAACAACUGAAAACGAAUUUAACUCGAUUCGUUGCACAAAUGGAAGAAAAAGAAGAACAGGAGUUCUUGCUGAGGGAGAAAUUAUGGAAUCUAGAAGCGAAAAUAAGCAAAGAAGGAGGAGAGAAAUUGAACCUGAUAAGAACCCUAGGGCAAUUCGAGAAGAAGAUGGCGAAAAUGGAGAACAUCCUGAAGGAGAAAGACGAAGAAGUCUUCAGACUUGCAGAAGAAAAGAGAGAAGUGAUUCGGCAGCUCUGCGUCGUGAUUGAUCACCAUCGCAGCCGCUAUGAUCAUCUCAAGGACGUCAUGCUCGGGAAGAACAGGAACAGAAGAAUGAUUUGA